AGAGUUUCCCCGGGAAAGCUCGGUUUCUGCUGUGGUGAGUUCGCUGAAGUUGCUGUAGGAGUAUCGAUAAUCAAUGGAGAAAAUAACAGAGAAACUUUUACUGGAGAGAGGCUCUCCCAAAACCAACAAACUGGAGCAAAUCAAGACGCUGAAUCUCUCUAAACUUGGACUGAAGCCUCAGGACUUGCCGGUCAAGCUGCUGUCCCGCCUCCAGUCCCUGGAGCGAUGGGAUCUCUCUGGGAACAGACUGCAAGAGAUGCCCAAGAACCUGGAGCUGCCUGCACUUCGCUUCCUGGACCUCAGCGACAACCAGAUGGAGGACGUCACCACUCUGGAGUCCCUAAGCAGCCUGGAGGAGCUCAAGAUGGAGGACAAUCUUUAUAUCACUGUGAGUGAUAAUUACAAGCUGAUGGUGUUGUUGUCCAAGCUGAGGAUUUACAAUGGCAAAGAUGUCAGUACCACUGCCAACCACCUGCGCUACGUCUACACAGAGAACCUGAGGACCAGGAUAAUUGCAGUUUGGGAGAAGAACUUCUGUCUGCCAGAUCCCAUCACAGCGGAGAAAAUGUCCGCCUUGGAGGAAAGCUUUGUCAACACUGCCCGCCAACAGGUUAAAUUUGGACCCAGUUCAGUCAGUGACUUCACCAAGUGGAGGGUGGAGAUUAUUGCUAAAGAGUAUCUGCGCUCUCUCACGGAUCCAAAAGAGGAAUCGGAGAGCACGGUGUCCACUGACACUAAAGAGAACUGUGAUGUCUCAACGCCCUCUAAGAGGAAACAAACUGCAUCAGUAAUGGACACCAGCAUAAGGCUGACACCUCACAAGAAACUGCGCUCAGAUCUCCCAGCCUCCCCAGUUGCAGAAAGUCCUCGCAAAUCCAGCCGUCAACUUCAGACGCUAACUGAGACCAACACAGUCAGGAUGAGCCCCCGCAAGAAAAGUCAGCCUCCUUCUACCCCCACCAGAGGACAGAUGAAGGCAGAGACGCCCAGGAGAGGCUCUAAAGGGCAGCAAACUAAAGAUGAAGAUGGAGCUCGGAUAAAACAGAAGAACAGAGCAGAGCUGAAGAGAGAUGCUGACAUGCUGUCCACACUGAAGAGCUGCAGCAAGACACAGCCGGUGUGUCUGAAGCCUGUCCACGUCCUGCAGUGCCACAGUAAACAGGAUAGCUCAGAGGACUUCUCCACUCAGUUGUGGGCCUGUGCUUUCCAGCCGAUGCCAGACUCCACUGGCACUGGUGGAGGAAGCCGUCUGGUUGCUACCUGCGGCGGAGACUCUCUCUGUGUCAUCGACUGUGAAACUGGGAUGGUGAUGAAGAAGUACAAAGUUCCUGGCGAGGAGUUCUUCUCUCUGGCCUGGUCCACGGUGUUGAUGUCCAGAGGAGGCGGGGCCUCAGCUCAACACUGCAGCAUCCUGGCAGCUGGAGGGAAGAGAGGACUGGUCAAACUGAUCCACCCCAGAAACAACGUGGCCUACGGGGAGUUCAGAGCCAGCCGCAAGGCGCUGUCCGUCCUGCGCUUCAACCACCACCAGGGAAACUUCCUAUUCACGGGAUCAUACGACAACAAGAUAGUGAUGUGGGACAUCGGCGGAGUGGACAGCCAGUACAUCUUUAAAGUUGUUCAGCUGCUGGUGUUGGAGCUCAGCGCCACUCCUCUGCACAUCUGCCUCCCACCCACUUCCCCCAGCUCACACCUGCUGACUGCCUGUGAGGACGGCCUGUACUGUUUCAACACACAACUCGGCACCAACAACAGCGCGAAGAGGUCUGAUGAGAUGGAGAUAACGUUCCCCAUAUAUAAGAAGGAAGACAAAGACCACGACUACCACACCAUUGAUGGCCUGAGUUUUCUUACUGAUGACAUCGUGGCCUCCAAGAACUACAUGCACGGCUCCAUCUACUUGUGGAGUUGGAGCAGGACCAAGGCUCAGCGGCCUGACAGGAAGGACAGGACGGUGUGUGCUGUGGUUCUGGCUGAGCUGCAGUGGGCCAACACUGAGAUCCCCUACCUGGCUCUCAACACCUGUCCUGGUCGAGCCUACAUCGUGUGUGGUGAUGACAAAGGCAGGCUGUGGACAUAUCACGUCACCGACCUGCAGAAGAACAGUCUCCAGACGGGGACACCCAUACCGCCCACUGAGGUGUUGGAGUGGCCGACCCCGGUGAGGAAGGGCCUCGGCCAGGUGGAGGGCCCCUCCAUCAACAGUGUAGUGAUGGACCCUGAGCUCCGGUUCCUGGUGGCUCUCAGUGACAAGAACAUGGUGACAGUGUGGAAGAGGGAGGAGUCGUCCUGAGGAGCACGGGAGGAGUGAUGGAAACUUUUUUGGACUGGGAAAAAGCUGAGGACAGUUUACCAAAUUUUGGUAUUUGUGAGGUAAGGGUUGUUUAUCAUAACCCCAACAUGUCACUGUGUCUCAGCCGGUAGAGACAGACUGCAGUGAUCCUGUCUGGGAAUGUUUUUCCUUCAUAGUUUGGGGAAUGUGACUUUUAUGUUGAUGUCACAGUGAGAUCUCUUGGAGAAAGUUACAACCAGACUGAAGGAAUACAACUUUUUUUUUCAAAUGUGAAACUUUAUAAAAUUUGCAAAAUUUUAUACUAAUAUACAUAAGAAGCUGCUGUCAAGAGUAGUAGUCACGCUUAAGCGGGAUUUAUACUUGUGCUGCAGACCCUAGGCUGUAGCCUAUGCACGUGGCCUACACCGUUGUGAGUUUUUAUACUUGUGCACAGACGAGGUUUCUGUGAAAUGCUGUAAAGUUAACUUGAUUCAAAACACACAUUAAACACACAUUAAACAUGGCUUAAUAGAGACAGUUUCAAACACAAGUCCACAAAUCAGCUUCACUAUAACUCGCAGCAUUCACAGACACUUUUCUUUAUCUGGACACAUUUUCCCCACAAAUACAACAUGCUAAUGUUUUUAGCACAAGCCUAUGACAUUUUACAUUGUAUAAAUUAGCCCAGCAGCUAGCUGACUUUUCCUCUACUCAUAUGAAGCCAGGAACAACAGCAACAUUAAACAAAGGUUACGUUACAAAAUUCAGCUCCAUUACAACUCACAAGGUUCACUGACAAAACAACUGUAAUACGUAACACGUUUUCCUCACAAAUACAACAUGCUAACAUUAUUAGCACAAGCCUAUGGCAUUUUACAUUGUAUAAAUUAGCCUAGCAGCUAGCUGACUUUUCCUCUACUCAUAUGAAGCCAGGAACAACAGCAACAUUAAACAAAGGUCACGUUGCAAAAUUCAGCUCCAUUACAACUCACAAGGUUCACUGACAAAACAACUGUCUUAAACAAAACACGUUUUCCAAACAAAUAUAACAUGCUAACGUUGUUAGCACAAGCCUAUGGCAUUUUACAUUUCAUAAAUUAGCCACACGACGAGCAGAGAUUUCCUCUGCUCAUAUGAAGCCAGGUUAAAUCACACACAAGACUUAAAAUGCUAUUUUUAUUGAGGCUUUAUUGUCUUAACAAUUUAUUGUUUCUUAUCUGUGAAAUUAAAUAAAAGUUUUGUUUCCACUGAGGGAAAUGGUUUCAGCUUACAGAAACAGACAGGAGGUCUGCGUCGCCGUGACAUGUAGUUACAUUUCUGGUAAGGUGCACGUCAGGCUGCGACGUAGGGUACGUCGUUAUUUCAACGCAGAUAGAUAAGAGAAUUGUCGCUAUGUGACACAGAACUCUUUGUUUUUGUAAAAUGCAAAUGCAGCUGUAAAGGGCCUCAAUCAUUUCAUUUUGCGUCUUGUUUUAUAUUCUUUGGCUUUAUUUCAGUUUUUAACACAGUUUCAUGUCACAGUCCAGAUAUGAUUUUAGUUGUGUGCCUCCAUUUAAUUUAAUUUCUGACUACAAAUAAAUGCAAAUGUCGCCAAUUAGCCAUGAAAAUUUUGUAUUGUUAUUAAAGAUAUAUGUUUAUAGCUUUGUGUGCUGCCAACAAAAGGCAAAAAAAUGAAUGCACAUUUAAUUGGACACAUUUUGAUGUCAGCGGCCAUGAACAGGACUCAAUUUUUUUUCAGAUGAACACACUGAAUAUGAACAAUUGUAUGAGAGUGAACCUUAUCUGUUAUUUUAAGGCCAGUCUUUGGACCUUGCUGUUUAAAGUGACUUUGUGAUGUUCUGAUAACAUUAAAGAAAACAAACACUCCUCACUGAAAAAGUCAAUACUGCUGCGAGCAGUGAAGAGGUGGCCCGGCAACCGACUGACUGCUGAAACAAUAAAUGCAGCAGAGCGUGUUUUCUCCUGCUGUCUAAUCCUACAGUAGUUUUACUGUAACUGUGUUUCUGUGUGCGACUCACCGUGUUUUCACCUGUUGUACACAAAUCUUCAUUUAAUAAACCAAAUUACUGUUUGUUUGUUUUUAAAACACAUAUGUCAUUGUUGUCUUUGUGGAGCUGUGGGAUGAAAUGACAGACUGAACAAAACAGUAUCAAUAUUUUUUAAAGAAGAAUCAAACCAGGGACGUGUAGUUUUAUCAUAAGGUCACCAGGCUGCCUUGGUUGUUUUGGAAGGGUUCCCAUGGUCCUGAUAUUCCUGGAAAAGUUAUGAAGUUAGAAACAAAAACUGUUUUCCAGGCCUGGAAAUGGUCUGGAGUAAACAGAAUGUUUUAGAAAAGGUUUAAAUAUGGACUGUUUCAGCUAUUGUUUAAAUAUGUUCCUAAAACUAACAUAACAGUGAAAUAAACUCACUGGCCACUUUAUUAUAAUAGAUUUUCACACACAACCAUCUCUAGGGUUUACAGAGGAUGGUCCCAAAAAGAGAAAAUA